AUCUCUCAUCUACCCGACAGCGCCAUCCAAACUAACAACAUAUCCAAGAUGCCUUCCGGGGACGUGGCUUCUCAUAUAUAUGACCAGGUAAUUACCAUCAUAAAGAAAGACCCGAAUGAUAGGACAGAAGCGGAGAUAGGAAGGAUAUUGCCUUGGUUCAGGAAGAAAUCGGAUUUAUUCAAACCGCUGAAAAAUGAGGUUGUGCAUGAUUUGGUGAAGAACUGUAUAUUCGAAUGUGUUGAGAGGGACACGGUGAUAAUAAAACAAGGCGACAAGGGAGACUGUUUCUUCAUCAUUCUCAACGGCCUCGUAUCCAUACACAUCAACACAACAUUCGGAUCUGAUGAUGACAAUCAGGAGGAUAGUGGUGGAGGAGGGGAAAAUAAAGAGGAGAACAAAAAAGCCGAAGAGAAAAAACUCGACAGAUCCAAAUAUGGCAAUUACGUCGGUAAAAUAGAACCAGGAAAAAGUUUCGGAGAACUUGCUUUAAUCAAUGCGGACUGUGUACGGAAUGCGACGAUUAUUGCCGAUGAGACAACAGACCUUGUUGUGGUGAAUAGAGAUCUCUAUGAUCGCUCGCUCCACUACUUCCAAGCCAAGGAGUUUGAGGAAAGGAAAUCUUUCGUAGAAGGUAACCCGAUGUUCUCUAACUGGCAGCCAAAGUACAAAAAGCAGAUGGCUAUGAGUCUACGGAAAGAGAAGCUGACCUUCGAAGCUCCUAUACUCCGACAAGGGACACAGGUGGAUGGACUGUGUUUCCUCCUCAGAGGCCAAGCCAGAAUUAUUGCAGACAAUUCGAUGCAUGCCACCCAAUACCCGACUUACUUUCCCCUGACAGACAUUCAGGAUUUACAGAAGGUAGAAGCCAGAGAAUCACUACGCAGGGAGUUGAGCAUGCCGUCUCCUAAGCCGGAUGAUUAUAAACAUUUUGUCAGGCAAAAAUCUCCAACCCAGGAGACGAAGUGCGGAAAGAAAUCGCCCCACAGCCAUCGACACGUCGAAAUAUGCCUGAUAGGAGCAUUGGAAAUUAUAGGUGACUUGGAACUGAUAACUGGUCUGUCAACGUACGCUCAAACUGUUAUCUGUACGCAAGAGGCCGAGGUUUAUGUUUUGGACCAGAAGAACUAUGAUAGACUGAUAGAGAAACGAAAUCCGCAAGUAAUUGAUAUGAUGAAAAGACUUUUGAUGGAGAAGUAUAAACUACGGUUGUCAUGGAUACAGGACAAAGAACUUCCCUUCAUCAGGUAUCUUUUGUACAAACUAGAGGAAAAGGAAAGACAAAAACGACAAAGAUAUUUACAACGAAAUGUCACUGAGAAAGUGGCAAAUUGGCCUUCUGACAGCGCCCGUCGAGGACCAUUUAUCGACAUGUAUGGCCCAGGUAGCGUUUUCUAUUCAAUACGUAUGAGAGAAAAACAAAAAAAACUGGAAAGAAUGAGAUUUUGCCGUCAAACUGCCAAAGAGAAGGCGGAUCCACCAUCCAAUCUCAAUUUGAGUAGUCCUGGUAUGAUUACACAAAUACAGCUUUCGAGUAUGGAGCCAGGUGAGAACUUCCAGCACAACAUAGACGAAGACGGUUUUAGACUGACCUCAGGAAGCCAGCUGGUCUGUGAUACUGCGAAAGAUUUCGUAGAAGCCGCGGAUGCCUCUCCGGAGGACUUCUGCGAUUUCGAAACCAGUGAAGAUGCUCUUUCAAACUUGGAACAGCGAAUAGAAGCAUGGCAUACAAGUCUACCAUCACAUGAUUCCAGACGCCAAUGCAAAAAGACCGUGAAGUUACAUAGACUUUUGUUAGAGGAUAGCAGGAAACCGUUGCCCGGAAAGAAGGUGUACCUUCGGCCUAAGACUAGGCAUAAGGCAAAUAUUAUUCAGGAUCUGAAAAAUGAGCAAACGACUCAAAGUCAGGAUUUGUCCCAUAUUUACAGUCCACCAAUCGUCGACGUCCGUGCACAUGUCGUGACCGUGUGUUCACAGCACGAGUCGGACAAGGCCCCUGAUACAGCCUUCUGUGUCAGCCGGAGAAACCAAUGGGUACAGAGACCUCAGUCUAGCCGAUCGCCGUCCGUCAGUCAGUCCGUCCGCCGACGAAGGCCAAAAUCAGCCAGACAAUACACGGUUUCAGAGUACGAAGAACUGAAGGAGGAGCUUCGCCAGAAACAACGGGCAUUUAAAUCUUUAUUGUGGAGACCCAAAGUCUAA